AUGAUGUCUGCGUUAUCUAUAGUACUGACUAUUCUAUCCUGCUCAACAUUAGCUCAGUCACUUUUCACACAAUCAGUUGGUGUCAAAGGUGUGUUGAUGUGUGGAGACAAACCACUAGCCAACACUAAAGUGAAGCUUUACGAUGAUGAUUCAGGACCAGAUCUCGAUGAUUUAUUGGCUGAGGGAACUACUGAUUCUAUGGGACAAUUCUUGCUUUAUGGACACACAUCCGAAAUCAUGACUAUCGACCCAAAACUCAACGUCUAUCACGACUGCGACGAUUCCUUGGUACCAUGCCAACGCAAGGUCACAUUCCACAUCCCGAAAGCAUUUGUUUCAUCCGGUGAACACCCAAAAACGUUCUUCAACAUCGGUCAAGUCAACAUGCAGAUCCAAUUUGAGUCCGAAUCAAGGGACUGUCUUCAUAGGAUGUUAAUCCUCCUUGCCUUACUCGCAUUUGGCGAGGCACUUAUGCACAUUCGUGAUCCAAGCACCUGGCCGCAUGUCCGAAGAUCGGGAGGACUGUAUUUUCCACGAAAAUCGUCCUACAAAUGGUCCGAAGAAUGGCUGGAAAAUGUGCCAGUAGAUCAUUUCGCGUUCAGUAAUAAGGACGAGUUCAAAAUGAGAUAUUUCAUCAACACUGACACUUAUGAAGAAGGUGGUCCAAUAUUCUUCUACACUGGUAAUGAGGGCAAAUUGGAGGGAUUUGCUGAAAACACGGGCUUUAUGUGGGAUAUUGCUCCUGAGUUCAAAGCUGCCGUUGUCUUUGCUGAACAUCGGUUCUACGGUAAAACGCAGCCAUAUGGCGAUAAAAGCUAUAACACCACAGAACAUCUUGGUUAUUUGAGUUCCGAACAAGCUCUGGCCGAUUUUGUGCUGCUGAUUGAUCAUCUUAAACAAAAGAGAUUGAAAGGUGCAGAAAAUUCAGCAGUCAUAGCAUUUGGAGGAUCCUAUGGUGGCAUGCUAUCAGCAUGGAUUCGCAUCAAAUAUCCACACAAAGUUGAUGGGGCCAUCGCAGCAUCGGCUCCAGUAUUCUGGUUUAUGGAUUCGAAUGUGCCAGAAGACAUAUACGACAAGAUUGUCACCCGUUCGUUUGUCAACGCUGGUUGCAAUCGCAAAGCUGUCGAGAAAGGCUGGCGAGCUUUGCAGAACCUAGCGCAAAGUGAUGAAGGCCGAAAAUAUCUCAAUGAUCUCUUCCACUUGGAAGAGAAAUCUCGCAUCGAAUCACAAGACGAUUACCGUUUUUUGGCCGCUUUUGUAAGGGAGGUGUUUGAAAGCAUGGCCAUGGUAAAUUACCCUUAUCCUACGGAGUUCCUCUCACCGUUACCAGGAUGGCCAGUCAAGGAAGCUUGCAAGUUCUUGUCAGCAGUCCCAAAAACCGAUGAGGAAGCUGCCAGACAACUGUACGAGGUCACAAAUCUUUACUACAACCAUACUGGCACAGCCGAAACUUUCUGCGCCAACGCCGAACGAUGUGCUGGAGCUUUCGCCGCACUUGGUGAUCCUAUGGGUUGGCCUUGGCAAUCGUGUACAGAAAUGGUAAUGCCAUUAUGUGGGAGUGGAUGGCCAAAUGAUUUCUUCUGGAAAGACUGUCCUUUCACAGUUGAUGGAGCUGCACAGAAUUGCAAAGCAUGGUUCGAGAAAAUUGGAUUCGAUCCCUCUAUGCUUCGACCGCAUUGGGCCACUCAGAACUAUGGCACAGCAUUCCCUUCUGCCAGCAAUAUCGUAUUCUCAAAUGGUUACCUCGACCCAUGGUCAGGAGGUGGAUGGUCCCUAAAGCCUAGAACAGAAGGUUCACUAGUUUCAAUAAUUUUGAAGGAAGGAGCACAUCACUAUGACCUUCGCGGAGCACAUCCAGACGACACGGAAGAGGUGAAAGAGGUUCGCCGAGUGGAAAAAUUGCACAUAAAAAAGUGGAUUCAAAAGGCGAAACGAAACUGAAGAGGACACAUAUUUGUGCAGCAUAAAAUAUUCCACAUUU